AUGGCUCGUCACUUUGUCGCCCUCCUUGCGGCCUUUGGUGCCCUCGGCGCCGACGCUGCCGUCUGCCGACCUUCGGGAUCGACGACCCUGGCUACCACCACCACAGAGGCUUCUUCGACUGUCAGCGUGGGAUCCUCCACGGCCACCGAGACAUCCAGCACCAUCAGUGUCGAGUCCACCACUGCUACCGAGUCCUCCACCAUCAACAUCGAGACCUCCACGACCAUCACCGAGGCCUCCACCUCCACCCAGGAGUCCUCAACCGUCGUCAGCACCACCGCCACAACCUCUUCCGCCGAGGUCUGUGUCGAGACCCAGAUCCUUGCCAAUCCCAGCUUCGACGACAAUGACAGCGGCACCCCUUGGGUCUUCAACGAAGGAACCCGAUUCACCGGCGAGCUGGCCCGUUCCUAUCCCUACGGCGUCAUCGCCUCUUUGACGCAGGCCGACAGAACAAGGCAGUUCAGCCAGACCAUCCCCAGGGUUAGCCCUCACAACUACCGGCUCCAGUACUACUUGCUCAACUACAGCGCCGUCAGCGCACCCUUCUUUACCUGCUAUGUCACCCCAAGCAUCAACGGUCAAGAGCUCGCUCAGGGCACAGAGGUCGGCACCUUGGGCCAACUCGGCUGGCAGCAGGGAGAGGCCUUCUGGAGCACGCCCAGCGAGACUGAGGAUGUUACCGACGUCGAGGUCAUCUUCAAUGUCAGCUGCGAUGGCGAUUUCUACCUCGUCCUUAUUGCCUUGGAUGACACCAGCCUCACGCGCGUGUGCGGUGCUCAGUAA